AUGAUCUGGGGCUUUUCAGCUUCAACCGGAGAUUCAAACGGACUAUUGAGAUGCUGUCGGCAGACCAGAGACGAAUUCUCUCAUUACUGCCAGCUCCCUGAUAACGUCGACGAACUUCACAAGCUCAAGAUUUUAGUAGACUCGACGUAUGGCCACGGAAUUUGGCUCAAGUUUGAUUACUACUGGAAGCAGAACGGUCACAUUCGCCAUGCUGUGAGCGCCAUCCAAGAUAUGAACGAUCCUAUGGUUUUGCGUCUUGGCAAGAUGAGAAAUAUCGAUGACAUCGUCGUGGUACUACGCGCCCCAAGACGAGGUUACUUUGUCGGGGCGUUUAUGAUGAUGUUUGCUAAGAUGGAUGAUGUCUACUUCUACAUCCGCAACAGGUCAGUGUUUCGCAAAAGCAAGGGGUGGUCCCCAGACGCCAAAAUCACCAUUAGUUUUACCACUGAAGGUAUACAAUCCAGUCAGUCAACAAGAGAAGCAAAGAACUUCUGGGAGUGCCGAGCCACAAAGAUACUCGAGGAUCCAUUAAGGAAGUAUAUAACAGACCGGGCACAGAUGCCCUACUUCUAUGAAUACUUUCUUAUCUUUUGGGCUAAAUUGCCAAGUGUGCCCACGAUUCUACACGAUAAAGCGGUACGGAGUCAUGGGCAUCGAGGCUAUCAGCUACCAGCUCGCAAUACCAUACCUGACUGUAUACGAAAGGAAUUCAAGGAGACACUUCUCAACUUACAGAAGAAUAUCGCGGCGUAUGCGGCCAGGAUGCUAGUUGAAGAUAUAAGCUGGAGACCAGGAUGGUCUGAUAAUCUGGGGGCUCCGGACCAGCUGGCCUGGGAACAUAUCAACUACCACACAAAGAGUAUCAGGGCCAGGUAUCAAUUUCUACUGGAUAACUUGGUUGGCCCUGUCGGAGGCUGUAUGGAUAUGUUGCGCUUGCAUCGUUUCAAGACGAUGUCUUCGUCACGAAUGAAUUUCUUUAGCCUCCAUGAAUGGGUUGCUGGAAGAGAUAGUGGUGGACUUGCUGGAGCUUCUAGCAAGAUCAAUCGGCGUCUGAGAGCACUAUUUGAUCCUUACGCGACAGAGGAAGUUCUUCGCCUGCGACAAACAUGCUCGCAUCUUCGUGCGGUUCCUUGGGCCACAGCUUCUUCCAGAACCCCUCUUGAGUCUCGUUCUUCCUCCCACUGGUUAGAGCACUAUCCCAAUGGUAUUCGGUACCACUGGAACGGCAGGAGUCUCGUCGAAUGGAACUUUCGAUGGGAAGCAAAGAAGCAUCAGAUACGCAAGAGAACAUACUACAGAGAGGAUCGUGUGGCGCGUUUGAGCCGAUGGUGGGAAUGUCUGGGGUGCUGUCAAGGUUCGUUACAUUGUAUGAGCGAGCUUGCAUCCCCAUGCGACCAAAAGCGCCUCAGAAAUACGUAUGCCUUCAUUCAGGACUACGAUUCCGAUGACCCAUAUGACCAGCUGCAGUCAGAGGACACCAGGAUCGGCCGACCAGUGAUAAUAAGUCGAGAGUGCAUUCGUACAUUAAAGCUCAAGAAGGGCAUUUCUUGGGUUGGAGGUUGGUGCACCUAUCGAAAGCUGGCCUCAGAGUACACAAUUUGGAACACCAAGUCACGAUCCAGGGAAACUACUGCGCAGAAGAGGGACUUCAAGUUUAUAUGCUGCGCAUACUCAGUUGAAGCUUUGUGUAAUGACCGAGUUGCUCCCUGA